GGCAGUCAGAUCAGAUGUUCUUGAAUCUUUCGGUCUCAGAGUUUUAACCCUGGUCAGUGGGAGAGGGAAGCGAGCGGUCGGAAAGGUGCCAAUAUCGGGCGAUCACUGCGGAAAGGGCGCCAAGGACAAGACAGCAGAGUGAAAGCAAGGUGGACGAUUGAAAUGAUAGAAAGGAGGUGUUGGUAAAUCGGUCAACCUGUGUUUGGCCCCCCCGAGGGGAAGAGGUGAACACGUUGUCAGCCGCAAAACAAUCUUCUACAUUGAAAGAAGUACACAUAAACUGCUGCGGCAACUGGAAGGAGCUUUUGAGCCUUGGAUUGUAAGGAAAUAUUGUGAACUGUGAGAAAGGUACUUAAGCUACGGUGUGACCGCCUCUCUGAAUGUGCUAUCCAUGUAGCUCUUAGCCUCGCGGAUGCGCCACAGUGACUCCAAACACCGGUCGAGAAGUGAAAUGUAUGUGUGAUGUGGAAAACGUGUUGGACUACUACACUGAAAGAAACCAAAUCCCUUUGAAAAGUCAAGAAGCAUUUUCUCUGAGGAGAUCUGCAGAACAGGAUAAACGUGGAUCUCAAACCCACAGCUUCAAAGAUUUCAACCCUAAACUACAUGAUGUCUGAUGAACGUCGGGAUAGUACGAGCAGCUUACAAAGGAAGAAACCUCCUUGGCUCAAAUUGGAAAUUCCUGCCAGUCAGCCCCCGAUGGAGGAAUCCAGCUAUAAUCCGGUUCAUCAGCUGAGAUGGAAAAGAAGGAAGAAACUGGAACCUGCCAAACCUUCAAGACAUCAACCAUAUUUGCGGAGUGUCAGCAUGCCACCUGAAAGCACAAGAAUAUCAUCACCACCAAAUGAACACAGACGGCCCACAUUUCAAAGACAGACCUCGAUAACGCAGACAAUCAAAAGGCAACAAGCAUGGCUGACUCACCCAGGUGACCUGUUAACAAAGUCCAACGCCCUUUUAAGAAGGGUACGGUUUGAAAGAAUUAACACAAUGCCCAUAAAAGGUCACAGAGCUGGUAGGAGGCCACCGAAAAGGCACCAGUCUUUCUCUGCCAGAUCUUUGCUGAGAGGUACAGCCGACUGGUUUGGAGUUAGCAAAGAUAGUGAUACCACCCAAAAAUGGCAGAGGAAGAGCCUUCGUCACUGCAGCCAGAGAUAUGGCAAGCUUAAAUCGCAUGUGAUCCGCGAAAUGGAACUGCCCAGCCAAGACAACAUCUCCCUGACCAGCACUGAAACCCCUCCUCCCCUCUAUGUAGGGCCACAGUUUGGCAUGCAGAAGAUUGUAGACCCACUAGCCAGAGGAAGAGCAUUUCGAAUGCCUGAUGAUGGUGAUGGCUACAGUGUUCCACACACUCCAAUCACUCCUGGUGCUGCAUCCCUGUGCUCCUUCACCAGUUCCCGCUCCGGAUACAACCGUAUUCCCAAACGAAGAAAGAGGGAGUCUGUGGCUAAGAUGAGUUUCAGGGCAGCAGCAGCCCUGGUAAAGGGGCGCUCUCUCAGGGAAAGUGCAACACGGCGGGCUCAGAGACGCAGCUUUAAUCCACCCAGUUUUAUGGAAGAGGACACUGUAGAUUUCCCCGAUGAGCUGGAUACCUCAUUUUUUGCAAGGGAAGGAGUCCUACCUGAAGAGUUGUCAACCUAUCCUGAUGAGGUAUUUGAACCUGCAGAAGUUGUGAAGGAGACAGAGGCCAACUCUCUAGAUCAGACUGACCUGACCGGCAGUGCCUUGGACAAAAGUGAACUUGAACGAAGUCAUUUAAUGCUCCCAUUGGAACGGGGCUGGCGGAAACAGAAAGAAGGAGCAGCCGCUCAGCCCAAGGUGCGUUUACGGCAGGAGGUGGUCAGUGUGAGUGGACAGAGGAGAGGCCAGCGUAUUUCUAUACCUGUAAAGAAACUACUCGCAAAGGAAAAGAGACCCUAUGGACUGGGGAUGGUGGGAAAGCUAACAAAUCGAACCUAUCGCAAGCGAAUAGACAGCUAUGUGAAGAAACAAAUAGAUAAUAUGGAUGAUCAUCGGCCAUUUUUCACAUACUGGAUUACAUUUGUGCAUAUAUUGAUUACUAUCCUAGCUGUGUGUAUCUAUGGAAUUGCCCCAAUAGGAUUUUCUCAACAUGAAACUGUAGAUUCAAUUUUAAGAAAUAAAGGUGUCUAUGAAAAUGUUAAAUUUGUGCAGCAAGAAAAUUUCUGGAUUGGACCAAACUCUGAAGCCUUAAUUCACCUUGGAGCAAAGUUCUCUCCUUGUAUGAGGCAAGACCAGCAAGUACAUGAAUUAAUUACACUGAAAAGAGAAGAGGAAAAUAAAUCUGCCUGCUGUGUACGAAACGACAAGUCAGGGUGUGUUCAAACUUUGGAGAAAGAGUGCUCGUCAACUCUUGCUGUCUGGGUAAAGUGGCCAGAGCACGAUAGUGUUCCAUUACUGGCUGACAAAAGCCCCCGGAACUAUGGCUCAGUCUGCCAUCAGGACCCAAGGUUUUGUGUUGAACCUGGCUCCAUUCCUCCUCAUGAAUGGCCUGAUGAUAUCACCAAAUGGCCGAUUUGCACUAAAAGUACUGCUGGAAACCACACCAACCUUCCACACCUGGACUGUGUCAUCACAGGCCGGCCCUGCUGUAUUGGCACCAAAGGGAGAUGUGAAAUUACUUCAAGAGAAUACUGUGAGUUCAUGAAAGGUUAUUUCCAUGAAGAAGCAACACUCUGUUCACAGGUACACUGCAUGGAUGACGUGUGUGGACUGCUGCCAUUCCUCAACCCUGAAGUUCCUGAUCAGUUUUACAGACUCUGGCUUUCAUUGUUUUUACAUGCAGGGAUUCUCCACUGUAUUGUGUCCAUCUGCUUCCAAAUGACAAUCCUUAGGGACCUUGAAAAACUAGCUGGGUGGCUUCGGAUUUCCAUCAUUUACAUCCUUAGCGGAAUCACCGGAAACCUGGCUAGUGCCAUAUUUUUGCCAUACCGAGCUGAGGUUGGACCUGCAGGAUCUCAGUUUGGCAUCCUUGCCUGUCUUUUUGUGGAGCUCUUCCAGAGUUGGCAGAUUCUAGCCAGGCCUUGGAGGGCUUUUGUCAAACUGGUGGCUCUCGUCUUCUUCCUGUUUGCCUUUGGUCUGCUCCCAUGGAUUGACAAUUUUGCUCAUAUAUCCGGCUUCAUCAGUGGAUUUUUCCUAUCGUUUGCAUUCCUCCCAUAUAUCAGCUUCGGGAGAUUUGACUUAUAUCGCAAGCGAUGCCAAAUCAUGAUCUUCCUUGUCACCUUUGUAGGACUUUUUGCAGGACUGGUGGUUUUGUUCUACGUUUACCCAAUAACUUGUGAAUGGUGCGAAUAUCUGACUUGUAUUCCGUUCACAGAUAAAUUCUGUGAAAAGUAUGACCUCAAUGCACAUCUACAUUAAACGGACUGCGCAGACUGAAAGAGACAUCAAGCAAUGUUACAGAUUUGGUUGUUAGCAGUAUUUACAUCAUGGGGACACUAAGAAGAAUUUACUCUACCAAAAUGUUGGUGAUAUUCAAGUAAUUAUUCAGAUCCUUGUCUGAUGCUGUCUUUUUUAAUUCAAAAAUAACAUUUAGCACUUGAUGCUCCAUACACAUCUCUGGACUCUGGACACCACCUCUAAAUUUGACCUACGUGCCUUCCCCAUUAUUUUUGAACCAACAUUUUGUGCUGCCAAUUUUGUAUUACACUAGUUUUAGCACUAAAUCAAAACUUGUAUUGUUUACUACUGCUAAAGUGGUGAUGAAUUCCAGGUAGUGUUUUAGCUACCGUUUGAUUGGACUGCUGGUUUGCAGAAUACAUGACAGAAGCCUUACUGUGUUUCGAGUUUAAAUUUUUGAUGUUGUCAUCGUCCUUUCCCUUCAGCUGUUUUUUUUUGAAUAGUAUAAUCACAACUGAUAAGACCCCAUGGAUUGUCUUUAAAUUUACAUUUAUAAUAAUAUUUCAGGAAAACCUAAGGCUUGUCACCCCACAUGUGCACUCUUAUCAGUUACUUGACUUCAGACAUUUUUUUUUUUACUAUCAUAUUGUACCACUGGAUUCAGGUAGGUAUAUAAUGGACAUGAAAUUUCAAACCGAGCUGGAUCUGGAUCCAAAUAACACUUGUGCCCAAUAUCAGAAUAACAGAGCUAAAAGUUAAGAUCCUACCGAAAGCUGAAAGAUUGUUUAUUAUUUUCCAAUUCAUGGCAUGAUGUAUUUUGAGGGAAUAGAUUUUCUGCAAAACAACAGAAACUGCAUCUGUGAUUGAAGUUGGCAAUUUAUAAACACUAACAUUGUUUCUGACAACAAUAAAAGUUCAUUGGCUA